AUGGCCGACCACGGUGCUUCCCAGUCACCGGCGCCAUCUCGACCAGCCACUGCCCUUGUCCGUGGUGACACAAGGAGUCACAGGAUGCAGCAGUCGCAACACUCAAACCCAUUCGACGACUCCAAGGCAACAACCGAUGAGCGUCUAGGUCUUGUAAGUUGGCGACCCCCUGCCUUUGAACUACAUGCGACCAUCUCCGCCACGGCCGUAUGGCCAGCAAACACAUACCCAGAACUUGCUGGAGCAUGCGAGAAACUGAAGCUUACCGCGGCUUUCACCAUGCGCUGCGAGGUCGCCCAGCAUGUCCUUGAGAAGCUCAAGCCGGGCCAGACAGAAAUGGCAAUGGGUGGCCAUGACACCAUCCUGCCCGUUGUCGAGUCGCUGCACGAGCUCGCGACGACCGACACGUCAGUGGUAAAACGAGACUAUGCCUGCCUCGUGCGCCAGGAAGGCGUGGUCCUGCUCUGGGCCCAGAGCAUGGAUGGCCUGAUGCAGCAUGCCAGCCAGAUGGAGGACACCCUCAUGGGCUCUCUCUGGGGCGUGGCUAUGCCGACACGAAGGAUGAUGCGCGGCAUGGACUCCAUGUCACCGAGACGCAGCGUGGCGCCUUCGUUGGCACCUUCGGACUAUGCGCCCAGCCGGGACUUGAACUCGUUCGCAGUGCCCACCGUCCCGUCGACGUACCACUACACCUCAGAUAAGGCCUUCAUGGGGACCAACACCCCCCAAGUCGACGUCAAGACGCUGGACACGGAUGAGAUGUCGGUGCUGGAUGCUGAGGACCAGGAGGCCUUGGGGCCCAUCAAGCGGCCGUUCAUCCUGACGCACAGUCUCAUGAUUGGUCUGGCGUCGUGUCUGAUCAUCGCCGCGCAGUCGGUCGAGGUCGGCCAGAUCCUCCUCGAGGUCCACGCUCUGGGCCGCGAGGGGCUGAACCGCCUGGCCAUGCUGGCCACGGUGCCCAUUUUCCUCUUCUUUGGUCUCUUCUUCUUCACCAUCCUGGUCGUGUGCGUCUUCCAGCUCGUCGGCCCCAUCCAGGACAUCAAGACGGGCAAGAGCAAGUUUUACUCGGCCGUCAAGCCCGACCGCAAGAAGCACCCCAACAUCGAGUGGCCGCACAUCACGAUCCAGAUGCCCGUCUACAAGGAGGGUCUCAAGGGUGUCAUCCAGCCCACGGUCCGCUCACUGCUCCCGGCCAUCGCACACUACGAGCAGAUGGGCGGCAGCGCCAACAUCUUUGUGUGCGAGGACGGCAUGCAGGUCGUCUCGCCCGAGAUCGCCCAGCUGCGCAAGGACUUUUAUGAGGCCAACGGUAUUGGCUGGGUUGCCCGCCCGCCGCACAACAAGGACGGCUUUGUGCGAGCCGGUCGCUUCAAGAAGGCCUCCAACAUGAACUACGCGCUCGACUUCACUCUCCGCCUCGAAGAGGAGCUGACGGCACGCAUCACUGCCCGCCGUCACGAGCUGGGCUGGGCCGACGACGACUUUGAGCACCAGCUGGACCUCGACGAGGAGGACCGGCUGUACGACGACGCCAUGGCCAAGAUCCUCGCCGACGACCAGGGCAAGACUUGGGCCGAGGGCAACGUGCGCAUGGGUGACAUUAUCCUCAUCGUCGACUCGGACACUCAGGUGCCCGUCGACUGCCUGCACCUCGCCGCUCUCGAGAUGGAAGAAUCCCCCGAGGUGGCCAUCAUCCAGCACGCUUCGGGCGUCAUGCAGGUGACGCACUCUUGGUUCGAGAACGCCAUCACCUACUUCACGAACCUGGUGUACAAGGCCAUCGCCUUCUCGGUCGGCAACGGCGACAUGGCUGCCUUUGUUGGCCACAACGCCUUUCUGCGCUGGAAGGCCCUGCAGUCGAUCCGCUUCAAGUCGGACGAUGGCACCCGUGACCUGUUCUGGUCCGAGUCGCACGUGUCCGAGGAUUUCGACGUCGCGCUGCGCCUGCAGACCAACGGCUUCAUUGUGCGCUUGGCCACGUACCACAACGGCGACUUCAAGGAGGGUGUCUCGCUGACCAUCUUCGACGAGCUGCUGCGUUGGGAAAAGUACGCCUACGGCUGCUCAGAGUUGCUGUUCAACCCGAUCCACAAGUGGAUUUACAAGGGCAUCUUCACGCCCAUGGUGUGGAAGAUUCUCACCUCCAACAUCAAGACGACGGCCAAGUUCACCAUCUUCGGCUACAUUGGCACCUACUACGCCAUCGCCUCGGCCUUCCCGCUCAGUCUGCUCAACUACUUUGUCAUCGGCUGGUAUGCCACCGAGGUCGACCAGGUCUACGUCGACAGCUGGCGCCUCUUCCCCGCCCUCGUCGCCAUGUUCCAGGUCAUCUCGCCCAUCUGCUACGCCAUCUACCGGCAUCGUGUCGGCGAUGCCAACUUCUUCCGGGCCUACUGGGAGGGUCUGAAGUGGAAUGCUUUCUUCAUCGUCUUCUUUGGCGGUCUAUCCUGGCAUCUCAGCUACGCCCUGCUUGCGCAUCUCUUCUCGCUGCCAAUCGAGUGGGCGUCGACCGCAAAGGAGAUCGAGGCUGGCGGCUUCUUCGUCAGCAUCGAGAACGUGUGGAAGACCUACAAGUGGGUCAUCAUGUUCAACGUGCCGCUGUGCGUCGGCAUGGUCUAUCUCGGCCAGUUCGCUCCGUACGAUUGGACAAUCAACACCUUUGUCGCCAUUGUGCCCCUCUCGACACAGCUGGCGGGCCAUCUCCUGCUCCCUCUGCUCAGCAUCCUAUAG